ACGAGUCUCUUCUUGUCGUGACAAAGCUACCAGAGGUUGAAUUUCUGCAUUUACGUCCCAUAAAUUGCGUUCCGAGUCGUGGAGUCUUCGUUGUCAUUCUUGUUAUCAACGCAAGGCUGCUUUACAAUUGAUUGCCAUUCCCGGAACCAUCCUUUCUGUGACACAUUCAAAUGCAGAAAAGCACCUCUGCGCUGCUGUACACAUUCAAGCCGGUCUGUGCUUCACUCGAGUCGUCUCCGCGAUGCUUUACUGUCCUACGCUCGAGGAAGCUGUUCAGAUGUAAUCGUCAACCUCUCUCAACGUCCGCUCGCUUGAGUCAAGAGCGACCCUCUCCAGCAAGCCAACAUGGCUCCGACCCUCCAAGAGGAGAUAAUGCGACACCAGCCUCUCCCUCGAUGGAAACCCUCCUGUCCCAGACCCGUCCUGAAGACAACUCCCUCCUCGCACCAGUCCAUGUCGCAGAAGACCCGAACGCCAUUCUGAAAUCAGACCAUCCCUCUUCAAAUAUCCUUGCCCAACCGGGAAUUGUCGUACAGAGGCAGAUUGAGAUGAUGAACCUAUUCCUAGGUUUUGAACAGGCCAAUCGAUAUGUCAUUUUGGACCCCAAUGGCGCUCAUAUUGGCUACAUGGCGGAGCAUGACGGCGGUCUCGGAAAGGUUAUGGCCAGACAAUGGCUUAGAACACAUCGUGCUUUCACGACUCAUGUCUUUGACAAGCAUGGAACGGAGGUUUUGAGAUUUCACCGGCCGUUCUCUUGGUUUGUCACACAUAUUCGCGUAUAUGAUGCUCUCACGCCGCAAGUUAUCUCGGCACAAUCGUCGCAUAUACUGCAAAAUCCGUCAGUUUCGGACACAUUGAACAGCCUUCAACAGAUUUCUCAUGUUCCCCUCGAUUCCAUGCGGGUCGUUGGUGAAGCUGUGUCCGAAUGGGCCCUUUUACGACGUAAGUACAAUCUAUUUGUGCAUCCUGACGACGCUGCUGGCCCGGAAGGCACGUUCCCCCGCCAAUUUGCUUCUAUCAACGAGCCCUUCCUAUCCUGGGAUUUCUCGCUUUUUGACCAGAAUUCUCGCUUGAUUGGCUCCGUGAACCGGUCUUUUCGUGGAUUUGGUCGAGAGAUUUUCACAGACACCGGGAGUUAUGUACUACGCAUGGACGCUGCCGGGUCGGAAACGGAUACACAUCAGGUCGAUCUGGCCAUGCAGUCGGAGAACAAGCCUCGUGCUUAUGCUGAGACAUUGGGAAACAAGAGUGGUGUGACCGGCAUGACUCUUGAUGAGCGAGCUUGUUUACUUGCUACUGCAGUGACACUGGACUACGAUUAUUUCUCACGUCACAGUUCAGUCGGGGGUUCCGGUGGCUUUCUUCCUUUAUGGAUGGGAGGAGGAGAAGCUGCCGGUGGUGCUGCCGGUGGUGCUGCUGGCGCUGGGGAGGCUGCCGGUGGCGCAGUUGUCGGCGGAGCCGGACGGGCUGUAGGUGUAGGCUCGGCCGCAGGCGGCGUUGGUGAAGGCGCAAUAGCAGGCGCUGGUACCAUGGCAGGCUACGAGGCAAUGCAGAGGGGUCUGGGAAGAGGUUCACAGGCUGAUUCAGAGAAUGCAAGCCCCCAGGAGCAACCUUAUGGCGGACCCUAUGGGUCCCAGUCUCCGCAAAGCCAGUCUGGUGAGUCUCCAGCACACGACCAGACCCUUGACUCACCACAACCUCCUCCAGCCGAACCUGGUCCUGAAAAUGAAGCAGGCGAUGUCUGGGGACAGGGCUCAGACCCCUGGAGUGAUGGAGCUGGACAGGGACCUGCGGAUGGGGGCGAAGGGGGAGGAUUCAUUUCGUCCUUGUGGGAUUCAUUCUUUGGUGAUUAGAUCAUGUUCCGACAGAUAACAUCUCGAGAACAUUGUAUCUAUUCAUUGAGUUCUUCCUUUUUACUUGAUCUUCAAAUAAUGAUAAUUACGGUCACUCACGGC